UUUAUGGUCUAUGGGGCUCUUUUCAGAGCUUCUAAUUAUUAUAAUUGUAUCACUUUCAAUAUGGCACAUAAUUACAAUUUACAGGCAAGCUCUGAAAAUUCCAAAACUGUCUGGAAAUCCAACAAAGCAUCACAGGAAUCCACAAGCUCAGUUCUACCAAACUCAACUGGAUUGUGGGCAGAAAGGAAAAUAAAGGUAGUCCUGGAGUCCUUUUUAAGACCCCAAACCGGGUUUGGAAUCUUGGUACCUCUUUUCUUCCCCAAUCACCAGUGUCCAAAUUCUGAAACCUUCAUCCUUCAUCCAAAUUACUCUCCUUUACUUUUUCUCACUCUUCUCCAACCUCCCUCUACUAUUUUCUUUACAAUUGACUUUUCCUGUGCUUCACCUUUCCCCUUCCCUUGGACAGGAUUAGAGUUAGGGGAAAGGAAAGAGGAGAGAGGAGUCAAGUUCCAGAUUUUCCUGGGAAGUAAAAGAGCCUGUUUGUCCUUCUGGAAGUCCCUUCUAUAGCUUCCAAAUGCUUGUCUAUGUCUACCCUAAUACUUAAAAGAUUUCGAACUAAGACCAAGCCUGGGUUCUCCUACUUUUGGAACCUUAAAGAAAAUAGGUGGACAUAGUUUUUUGAAGCACAUUCUCCCUUCCCCCUUGGGAAAUGCAAGGGGGUUAAGGGACUAAGGGAAAAGAAUAAGUUAGCAUUUUGAGCGUCCUAUACAUAUUUUAAGGGGGGAAAUAACAGAAGAUGGAGCAAGGGUCAACUCAACACCAUUUUCAAAUAAUUGUACUGUCCCCCUCUUAGUUCCUUCCCACAGUCCCUUUUCCUCUUUCCUCAAGGGAGGGAAGCAGCCGCCAUCCCUGCCGCCGCCUGCACUUCCGACUGUCGCCGGGAGGUGGCGCGCUAUGCUAAGAGGCUGCUUCCAACGAAGCUGUUUCUCCCCUUCGGUUUUUUUUUUUUUUUUUUUUUUGGAAGGCUUGCAUUGAAUCGGCCCUAACGAUUCUCAGAUCGUCAUUAUUUGUAACCAUAGAGCAUGAAUUACCUCUUGAGGUCAUCAGCGAGAAUUUACGACUGGUCAACAAAAGCACGUGAUUCCCCAACGCCCCCCCAUCCCCCCUUCUAACCCCCCCCAUAUUUGGCCGCAUACAUAGCAAAACGAAGUACAGUGCAUUGCUAUAAUUCAUUAAUACAUCAUAAAUCGUGAAGCACAGGGUUAUAACGACCACGAUCCACAAAUCAAGCCCUCCAAAAUAACCCAAAUGAGCUCUUACUUUGUAAACUCGUUCUCGGGGCGCUAUCCAAAUGGCCCGGACUAUCAGUUGCUAAAUUAUGGCAGUAGCAGCUCUUUGAACGGUUCUUACAGGGAUUCUGCUACCAUGCAUACCAGCUCUUACGGCUACAAUUACAAUGGGAUGGAUCUCAGCAUCAACCGCUCCUCAGCUUCCUCCAGCCACUUUGGGGCGGUGGGGGAGACCUCGCGUGCCUUCCCCUCGCCCGGCCAGGAGUCCCGGUUCAGGCAGGCUUCAAGCUGCUCCCUGUCCUCUCCUGAGUCCCUGCCCUGCUCCAACAGCGACAACCACGGAGGCAAGCCCUCCGCCUCGUCCCCCUCUGACCAGGCGACCUCUGCCAGUUCCAACACCAAUUUUACAGAAAUAGACGAAACCAGCGCGUCCUCGGAGCCCGAAGAAGCAAGCCAGUUAAAUAGCAGCAGCUUAAGCCGAGCCCAGACAGAACCCAUCGCGACCUCCACAGCGACAACGGAGGGACAGACUCCACAAAUAUUCCCCUGGAUGAGGAAGCUGCAUAUUAGCCACGAUAUGACCGGCCCGGAUGGGAAAAGGGCACGGACCGCUUACACUCGCUACCAGACCCUGGAGUUGGAGAAAGAGUUUCACUUCAAUAGGUAUCUCACCCGCCGGCGGAGGAUAGAAAUCGCCCACGCUCUCUGCCUUUCCGAGCGGCAGAUUAAGAUCUGGUUUCAGAAUCGCCGGAUGAAAUGGAAGAAAGAUAACAAACUGAAGAGUAUGAGUUUGGCUACCGCCGGCAGCGCCUUCCAGCCCUAAAUUCUGGAGGAGCCCAAAUCCUCAGCCAACCCCCCCACCUCCUAGUCCCUCCACACACAGUCAGUCUCCAGGCGCCGGCCUCUUCCUUUCUGUCGCUCUCUGUGGACUUAGAACCGACUCCUAAUGCGGUAGAAGCGAACAAGCCAUAGCAUUGCUCUGGCUUGAGAUUUUUCGUUCUGUCGUAGGUCCUCCUGUCCCUUCCCUACCUUCCCACAACCUCCUUGGACUGGUUAUUAUUGUUAUUAUAAUUAAUAAUUAUUAUUAUUUCCCACCCCAUGCCCCUCUCUACCCUGUAAGUGUUUCUGAAUGUUCGUAACCGUGAUUGCUUCUCCCCCCACCCAGGAAAGAAACUCGCAUGUUUAAUGUGAACUCCCCUCCCCCUUCUGUGUUCUAACUUAUUUAUAAAAGGAGGAUGGAUGCAUUUGCGUUUAUAGGUUGGAAUCUCUGUACUUGAACUGCAGUUGGGUCUAGGUGGGGGCCUGGGAUGGGAGAGAGACGUUCAAUGGGGACAAAAAGAUAAUCUCAGAUUAACCGCGAAUAUAGAAAAAGAUAUACUUAUAUAUAUAUAUACAUAUAUAUAUUCCCCCUCCCUUCCCCUUCCUCCCCUCCAGGCUUGGGUGUCCCUUUUUGCCUAAUCCUGGGUGGGAAUGCUACAGAGGGAUAAGCCGGGGUCUGGUCAGAAGAAGAGAUAUUAAGGUGCAAGUCUCAACCUCAGCAAAAGAAGCCAGGGCCUGAGACUCUGAGGAACACCCCCCCUCCCACCCAAAAAAGGGAAGGGGGAAGUCUGAUCAAAUGGAAAAUCUAGGUGUGUAUCUGGCCAAUGUUGGAGGCCCCAAAGUGUGUAAAUAUUGGAAUACUUAGGUUCUGGUGCACCCUCUCCCCAAUCCGCCUGCCCCCAAGACCGUAUGUAGUCAGCCGAGUGGAUGCUGUGUUUUGUGUGAAAUCUGUCUUUGCCGGACCGUCUCAGUGAUACGCUUUUUGUAUUUGUUUGUAGCUUUUCUUGAAGUCCAAUAAACGUCUCUCCUACUCCA